AUGCUUAAGGUGAAGAAGAGGCUCAAAAGAAGGAUAAGGAUUCCGAGGAAAACAAAGAUAAAGAACCUGAAACUCAAGAUGAAGAAGAGGCUCAGAAGAAAGAUAAAGUUUCUGAGGAAAAAAAAAAAAGAACCUGAAGCUCUAGCUGAAGAAGAGGCUCAUAAGAAGGAUAGAGAUUCUGAGGAAAACAAAGAUAAAGAACAUGAAACUCAAGGUGAAGAAGAGGGUCAAAAGAAGGAUAAGGAUUCUGAGGAAAACAAAGAUAAAGAACCUGAAACUCAAGGUGAAGAAGAGGCUCAGAAGAAAGAUAAAGUUUCUGAGGAUGAGGAUGACAAGACUGAGAAACUAGAGAAAACAAAGUCAGCAACCGUAAGGAGAUCAUCACAUAUAGGGACACCACGUAUAAGAUUGGUUCUUUCGUGGUUUGAUGAGGCUGAUAAAUACACAGAGGAAGCGAAACAAGGGUGGAUUCUUACAGUUUGCAAGAGCAAUGAUGGAGCUUCUGCUGUAGAUGAGACGGCUGAUGAAGUUCCUGCUGUAGAUGAGGGAGCUCUUGUUGUAGAUGAGCCGGCUGAUGAAGUUUCUUCUGUAAAUGAGACGGACGAGGGAGCUAAUGCUGUUGCUGUAGAUGAAACAGAUGAUGAUGUUCCUGCUGUAGAUGAGACGGAUGAGGGAGCUCGUGAUGUUGAUGGGAAAAAUGAGAGAGCUCCUGAUGUUGCUGUUGAUAGAGCUGAGGGACUUUCUGUUCCUACUGGGGUUAAGCAUAGGCCUAAGGCAGUGGCGGUGAGGAAGAAUGCUCCUAAGCUAAGGGGUAGACCGAGAAAUUCUACUGACCCGAAGAAGUUCACAACUGCAGAACAUAAAACAAGGAUACAUGCACGAUCACGGUGGGUUUCCUCUCCUUUCACUGAAGCUGACAGCGAUGAGAUUGAAGGGCGCAAGAAGAAACCUUGA